AUGGGGAUCUUACCUCGUGAAUCGUCUGGCUAUGGUGCCAAUAGCCUCUGCACGACCCCAGCAUGUAUCGAGAUUGCAGAUGAUAUUCUAGGCAGCAUGGCCACUAACCAUGCAAAGAUUGAUCCAUGCACCGACUUUGAUGAACUCGUCUGCGGCAACUGGGCAGAGCGCAACCCAGUCCCAGCAGGCGCGAUGUCUGUUGAUGUUCUUGGAGCCGUCCAAUACCAUGUUUACGAUCUUGUUCGACGCGUUCUCGAAGGACCCUACCCUUCCGGCCCUGACGCUGGCUGGAUUACAGUCAAUCUAACCAAAGACGAGAUGAAGGCCGAUAAAGAGAAUUUUGUCAAGAUGCAGGAAGCUUACCAAGUCUGUAUGAACACAACUGCCCAUGAAGAAGAGGGUCUUAGUCAACUUCGACAAGUGGCCAAGACGAUCGUCACGACACUUCCUGCUUCCGGCAAUGGUAAGAAAGGAACUGUAUAUGAUCACUCAAAUGGAAUUGGCCAACUUAUCACAAUGUUCGAAAGUUUGGGCAUCGAGACAACGCAGAGGUUCAUACAGAUCGCAGAACCGCUGAACCCUGACAAGAUGGCCCUUGGCAUCCAGCCACCCACGGAUUCUGGUCUUCCAUCUACUCCCGAAGAUAUGUUUGAGUUCGUUAAGAUUGCAAGCGAACUUAUUUACUCUGUUCAUCCUGCCAACUUGACCAGAGGCGAGGCUAAGAUUCUGAUGGAGUCCGUCGUCUCCCUUCAGCUCUCGCUCCAACCGGUGGCCGCCCCAGAGACAAAUACCACAGAGGAGGCCGGCCAGGAACAGGAUACUGAAGAGACUCCUGAUGCGACUCCAUUCGUGUCUAUUACUGACAUUCAAGAGCUCGCUCCGCAACUGAACUUCAAGUAUGUCGUUGACCAACUUGCGCCCGAGGGGUUUGAUGAUUCCAAGAUCAUAUUCGAAUCCGCAGAGCUCCACCACAAUAUCUCGCAGAAGUUCUCCCAGACACCUCCAGAGGUCAUCCAAACUUACUUCCUUUGGAAAGCCAUCGCUGCUGUGUCCAUCUACGUCGACUCGCCACAGACCGAGGCCUACAACACGUGGAAGACGAAGCAGCAAGGUAGAGAUCCCGGCAGUCCUCCACCUCGCUGGCAGCGAUGCGCAAUUCUUCUAGACAACGGCGUUGGUUGGAUCGCAAAUGACAAAGUUGCUCCUCAGCUCGUCGGUCCUACAGGCUUGACUUGGAUCCUCGCCCGAUUCUUCGCCGAUAAGCACUUUACGCCUGAUGCUAAGAAGUUCACCUCUCAGAUCAUCGAUAAUCUUGAGGAGGCUUUUAUCGGGCGCAUUGGAACCAGAGCUUGGGCUACAGAUAAGGUCAAAAAGACUGCGGUUGAGAAAGUUCGCGCCAUGACGAGCAAGAUCGGCUUACCAACUUCCCCUCACGUCACGGACGCCAAGGUCGUGAACAAGUUUUAUUCUGACAUUGAAAUCACGCCGUCUUUGCUCCUCAACACCCUUUCCUUCGCAAAGUCUCGGGUUGCCAAGAACUGGGCAUCUCUUGACAAGCCUGUUGAUCGACAGAAGUUCCCGUCUAGUACUCUGACCACCAACGCCUUCCAUCAACCCUCAGGGAACACCAUGAUAAUCCUAGCAGGCAUCCAGCAAUCUCCCAUCUACAGUGUUGGCUAUCCCGCAUACAUUACCUACGGUGGCAUGGGAAGUAUUGUUGGGCAUGAAAUCACCCAUGGUUUCGAUAACAGUGGCCAUCAGUUUGACAAGACGGGUAACAAGAGUGCAUGGUUUGAUGAAAAGUCUACAGUAGGAUUCAAAAAGUCCAGUGACUGCUUCGUCAAGCAAUACGGCAACUUCACCAUCACCGGUCCUGGUGGAGAAGAGGAGAAGAUCGACGGAGAUCUCACGUUGGGUGAGAACGUUGCAGACGCCGGUGGCAUCCUGUCUAGCUUUACCGCCUGGAAGAAAUGGGAGAAGGACAACGGGAAAGCGCAAGAUCUGCCUGGGCUUGGUAACUUCACGCAUGAACAGUUAUUCUUUGUCAAGUGGGGCCAGAAUUGGUGUGAGAACAUCAAGCCUGCGCAGGUCAUUGCUGGGUUGACGGAUGAGCACAGUCCUAACCAGGCGAGGAUUUUGCUUCCGCUGAAGAACUCUGCUGAUUUCCAGCGGGCCUUCAAGUGUCCUCAGAAGAAGCCUGUUUGCGAGCUUUGGUAG